AUGUCUUGCUCCGAUAGUCAUAAGGGGAGUUUGGAAGAGGUCAGUUAUGAGGGAGCUGCAGGUGGUGAGUUGUCCAGUUGUGCGCUAGCGAUGCUGGAAAGGGAACGAGAAUCCAUACGAAGCCCCUCAGAGAGCCCUGGAGCCUCCACUCUCCUUCCAUCUACUGCCCUUGUGCAGGGCUAUGAUGUGGAGUUUGAUCCACCACUUGAGAGAAAAUAUGAGUGUCCCAUCUGCUUAAUGGCUCUCAGGAAUGCCAUUCAAACACCAUGCGGGCAUCGUUUCUGCAAGACCUGCAUUGAGAAGUCAAUCCGGGAUACUGGACAGCGGUGCCCAGUGGACAAUGAAAUGCUGUUAGAAGACCAACUGUUUCCUGAUAACUUUGCAAAAAGGGAGAUUCUCUCCCUCACUGUCCGCUGUCCAAAUACUGGCUGUACUGACAAAAUGGAACUUCGACAUUUAGAGAAUCAUUUGGCACAAUGUCCAUUUGCGACUUUGCCCUGUCCUCAAUGCCAAGAGUCUGUAAGAAAAAUCUACUUGGAGGAACACAAAACCAUAGAGUGCCGAAGGAAACUCAUGUCUUGCCCAGACUGUGUUGCAACCUUUGCUUACGAGGAAAGGGAGCUUCAUGAGCAGCAGUGUCCAUUUGCAAGUAUCAAGUGCCAGUACUGUGAGCUCGAUCUCAUCAGAGACCAGAUGGACUCUCAUUGUGAUACAGAUUGCCCUAAAGCUCCGAUUGCCUGUACCUUUAGCACUUUUGGAUGUAAGGAAAGGAUGCAACGACACAAUCUGGCUCAGCAUAUGCAGGAGUUCACGCAGAUGCACAUGCGCUAUUUGGCGGAGUUUGUGCGUUGCCUUAGCCUUAAUGGCACUACACCAAAGUCACUUUGCGCUCUUGGACCUUCGGUUUCAUCUGAUGAUCAAGGGGCAGCAUCAGCAUCAUCAUCUUAUAGAGGAACUGCAAGCGGCAGCUGUGCCCCAUGUACUCCGAGUGAAGUAAUGGAGAGGAUACGGGAUAUUGAUGGACGAUUAGUAAAACAGGAUCAUCAGCUCCGUGAGCUGAUCAUCAUGGAAGAUACUCGGGCAGGGCAGAUUGCACAGCUCCAGAAAAGGGUAACUGUGCUGGAGGAGACAGUGAAGGAUCUUGAGGCACAACAAUGCCAUGGCAUCUUCAUCUGGCGUCUCAGAGGUUUCUCAGCCCACCUCCGGAACCAAGAAGCAGGCCUGCCAGUGGUUGAGCACAGCCCGGGCUUCUACACGGGUCGACCUGGCUAUAAACUGUGCCUCCGCUUACACCUGCAGACCCCUAAUGCCCCACGCUGUUCCAACUACAUUUCCCUGUUUGUCCACACCAUGCAAGGAGCUUUUGAUGAAGAGUUGAGCUGGCCUUUCCAGGGUACUAUCCGCCUUGCCAUUCUCGACCAGGGCCCUGAUGCACAACAUCACAUGGAGGUAAUGGAGACUAAGCCAGACCUUCAAGCCUUCAGAAAACCCACCAUUCAGCGUAACCCUAAAGGGUUUGGUUAUGUGACUUUCUUGCACCUGCCUCAGCUGAAUCAGCGAAAUUUUGUCAAGGAUGACAUCCUCCUCAUCCGCUGCGAGGUAACGCCACGAUUUGACAUGUUCCAACGUGAAGCACCCACAGUGCAGCCAAGGGGACCUGAGGCCUCCCGUGAACAACUUAUAUUGCAUGCCAGUCAUGCUUAG